AUGUCUUUUUCUAAGUUCGACCUCACCCUCCUGAAAAGAACAGCCUGGGGUGGAUUCGAUGCCGAUCACCCAUUCGAGAUCCUCUCGAAUCCCGAUCAAGUCCCACCAUUAUUCAUAGCGAUAUUGACUCUAAUCUUAUUUGGGUUUUUCCUAUUAUCCAACUUGCCCAAGGUGAUUUAUCGCUUUUCAUCCAAUUCGAGGGGUGGUGAAUUAUUCAAUGGAAUCAAAUUAUCUCGUAAACCACCUUCACCUUCACCGAAUGUUUUGGGAGGAGGAAUCGCUUUGGCUCAAACUCCAAUUACUGCUCGAUCAAGAGCAUCAACUUUCGUUUCUACCUCUUUCCUUCCACCUCUUCCUUCCUCUUCUCACGAAGGUGUAGUAGGUGUAUUUCAAUAUGGUAGCUAUCCUUCACCAUCGACUGAGAAACUCAUCAGACGAACCAACCCACCUAAAAGCUUCCCGUUGUUGAGUAGCUUUAUCCCGCUAGGACACUACUUGGAUGCCUAUAUACCGUUGGCAGGGUAUACACUAGGACAGACGUUUGUUUGUCUACUCUGGGCUGGUCUGACUGCCUUGGAAUUAUUCUACAAUUGCGAUGUCGUGACUGAGAACGUCAGAUCAGGUUUCGUAGCUACAAACCAACUACCUAUCGUCUUUCUCCUUGCUGGUAAGGUGAACUGGAUUGGGUACUUGGUAGGCAAAGGAUAUGAAAAGUUAAAUUUCCUGCAUCGGUUUGUCGGAAGAUGUAUCUUCAUCGCUGCCACCUUCCAUGCUGGCGGAUACUUGGUCAAAUGGAUGAAGAAAGGUGGUAUAGCUUACGUUUCCGAAGCUUCCCAAAAACCAUUCAUAAUGGCCGGUUCAGUCGCCUGGUCCGCAUUCGCCUUUAUAGGUGUAACUUCCAUUCCAAUCAUUCGAAGGAGGAUGUACGCCCUGUUUUGGACUUGUCAUUGGAUAGGUUUCGUCACUGCUAUAACAGCUUUAAGUUUCCAUAAACCUUAUACAGGUUUAUUUGCGACGAUUUGUCUACUACUCUACACUAAAGAUUUGAUCCUUCGACUAAUCUUGAAAACUCGUAUUGUCCCAGCCCGAAUCAUUGCUCUACCCGCACCAUCGAGCGACUUAUCCUCUGGAUCCACACAGAUCGUCCUACCUCUUCGAUCAGGUUGGAGAGCAGGUGAAGGUGGAGAGUUGGUCUUGAUUGCGAAGAAGGCGGGUGAUUGGACGAGAAAUUUAUACGAUUUUGCAUUAAGAGGUGGGAUUGCCCAACCCGCUUACCAGCGAAAGCAAGAACAGAAGGAGAAAGAUGAGGAGGGGAUGAACGAAAUUGAUUUUUCACAAGAGGAUAAGAGGGACUUGGCUUUAGAUAUGGGUAUGGUCGAAAGGGUCGAACAGGUUUUGGGAAGAAGUUGUAAAGUCCUGGUUGAAGGUCCUUACGGAGGACCAUGUUCAACUGUCUUUGCGAGUUAUUCAGGGAUCAUGUUAAUUGCUGGUGGGAGUGGUAUUACCUAUUCUUUAGGAAUGUUUGAAGAUGUCAUUAAGAAAGCUGAAGAAGGACAUCUGAGAGCGAGUACCGUCCAUUUCGUAUGGGCAGUGAAGACUUAUGAGGACGCACUUCCUCUUCUAAGUCAUUUGGAAGAUCUCAAUUCCCGAGCACGAGAUACGACGUUCAAACCUGUUAUCACCAUAUACAUCUCGCGAUCGUAUCGUAGAGAAACGUUCCUCCAAGGAAGUAUACGGUUCGUCACUGAACGACCGGACUUACCCACCAUAGUCAGAGAAGGGGUCAGUAAGACUAGGAUGGAUAGUUUGAGUUAUGCCAACUCCCCUGGAGCGAGUAAUUGUGGAUUAAUAUUGGGCGUUUGUGGGCCUAGACGGCUUAUUGACGGGACUAAUCUUGCUGUAAGGAGUGUUUCGUGGAAAGAGAAAAAGGAUAUCGGAGGGAUAACGGUUCAUAACGAGACUUUUGGUUGGUGA